CACAUAUUGUUAGCAUACAUAUACUGACACAGAGAGUAAGAGAGAAGCAGCAAAAGCGAUAAAAAAAAUGGCAGUCUCGGUUUCCAUUUUAGCUGUCAUCACUUCUCUUCACCUCAUCGCCUUCGUCCUCGCCAUCGGCGCUGAACGACGUCGCAGCACCGCUAAGGUGGUGCCUGACCAGUACGAUGAGAGGACUUACUGUGUCUACGAUACGGACGCGUCUACGGUUUACGGGCUAGCGGCGUUUGGGCUGAUACUUAUUAGCCAAAUGAUUUUAAACGGCGUUACCAGGUGUCUCUGCUUUGGUAAAGGCCUUGUUACUGGAAGCUGCUCCACUACUUGUGCCAUCAUCUUCUUCAUCUUUUCCUGGUUAAGCUUUUUAGGAGCUGAGGCAUGCUUAUUAGCUGGAUCAGCAAGGAAUGCAUAUCAUACCAAGUACAGAGGAUUGUUUCAACAGGGUGAAUUAUCUUGCGCCACCCUUCGCAAAGGUGUCUUUGCUGCUGGUGCAGCUCUUACAUUGCUGUCAUUGAUAGGGUCAAUCCUUUACUAUUUUGCUCACUCGAGAGCUGAUACUGGCGGAUGGGAGAAACACCAGAAUGUAGGUGUUGGGAUGACCAGUGCAAGUUACCCACAGCAGCAACAAACAGGUGAAUUUGAGAAGGUUUAACUAUGAUUUGAUGAGGUCAAUAUCUACAGUUUUGGGGGCUUAUCAUUGGGGAAAGAUUGAUAGAGGAAAAUGAAAUGGUGUUAGAGAUCUUCAAGCAUGCAUGCGUUAACUUAUAUCAUGUCUGGUGUGAAAUUCGUGUUUUUUCAAUGUAUAUUUGGUGUGCGCUUCAUGGCAUUGCUUCCGUGUAUUAUGCUGGGUUGGUCUUCUUUGAUCAUGCUGCUAACACUGGUCACUUGUACGGAUUGACAUUAUAGUUAUACUAUUAAGAUCGUAUCUGCCUGUGUCCCGCUAUGCCCAUUGAGUCCAUCCACACUUAGCUGCACAAUAGUCUUAUGAUUGUUGCUUUUGUAAUAAUUGGUAAACUUUGAUUGUCAAGUCUUUAAGUGGCGUGGUUCCUUCUAGCU